CUUUCCCUCCGUAUCAUGGCCUACGUGAGACACUUUCGGACAUUAGUUUCGGGAUUUUACUUCUGGGAAGCAGCACUGCUACUCAGCUUGGUUGCAACAAAGGAAACAGAUAGUGCAAGGUCUCGAAGUCCCCCAAUGUCACCUUCUGACUUUCUGGAUAAAUUAAUGGGAAGGACAUCGGGGUAUGAUGCAAGAAUCAGACCCAAUUUUAAAGGCUCUCCAGUUAAUGUCACGUGCAACAUAUUCAUAAACAGCUUUGGUUCGAUCGCUGAGACAACCAUGGAUUACAGAGUGAAUAUCUUUCUUCGUCAGAAAUGGAACGAUCCUCGACUUGCAUAUAGUGAAUAUCCUGAUGACUCCUUAGACCUAGACCCUUCCAUGUUGGACUCCAUUUGGAAACCUGAUUUGUUCUUUGCCAAUGAAAAGGGAGCCAACUUUCAUGAAGUUACUACAGACAACAAAUUGUUAAGAAUUUUCAAGAAUGGGAAUGUUCUUUAUUCAAUAAGAUUGACAUUAACACUCUCCUGUCCAAUGGAUCUCAAGAAUUUUCCAAUGGAUGUACAGACCUGUACUAUGCAACUGGAAAGCUUUGGGUACACAAUGAAUGAUCUCAUUUUUGAAUGGCAAGAUGAGGCACCUGUACAAGUGGCAGAAGGACUCACUUUGCCCCAGUUUCUGUUGAAAGAAGAGAAAGAUUUACGAUACUGCACUAAACAUUACAACACAGGAAAGUUUACAUGUAUAGAAGUGCGAUUCCAUCUUGAACGACAAAUGGGCUACUAUCUGAUCCAGAUGUACAUUCCCAGUCUCCUGAUUGUCAUUCUCUCCUGGGUUUCAUUCUGGAUCAAUAUGGAUGCUGCUCCAGCCAGGGUAGCCUUGGGAAUAACCACCGUGCUGACUAUGACUACACAGAGUUCAGGAUCACGAGCUUCCUUACCAAAGGUUUCGUAUGUCAAAGCUAUUGACAUUUGGAUGGCAGUGUGUCUCCUUUUCGUGUUUUCAGCACUACUGGAAUAUGCAGCUGUCAAUUUUGUAUCGAGACAACAUAAAGAACUUCUGAGAUUUCGACGAAAGAGAAAGAAUAGGACAGAAGCUUUUGCAUUGGAGAAGUUUUACCGUUUCUCAGACACGGAUGAUGAGGUAAGGGAAAGCCGAUUCAGUUUCACAGCCUAUGGAAUGGGACCGUGUCUGCAAACAAAAGACGGUGUGACUCCAAAGGGCCCAAACCAUCCUGUCCAGGUAAUGCCAAAGAGCCUGGAUGAAAUGAGGAAGGUCUUCAUUGACCGGGCCAAGAAGAUUGACACCAUCUCCCGAGCCUGCUUCCCAUUAGCCUUUUUAAUUUUUAAUAUUUUCUACUGGGUUAUCUAUAAAAUUCUUAGGCAUGAGGAUAUUCAUCAGCAACAAGAUUAAGUCUCUGGGUGUGUGCAAGUGUGCAAACUGUCAACUCAGAAGGAAGGUUUUUUGCCAUAGGGCUGUGUGUGUGUGUGUGUGUGUGUGUGUGUGUGUGUGGUGUACAAAUGAUGACCAUUUGUCAUAUGUGGCAUAUGGAAAGGUAUUAUUAUGAUUUGCUAUGCAAAGUCAUGAGGCAGUUGAGUACU